AUGAAGACAGUCCCAAAGUUCAAGCCAUAUGUACAGGCAUGUUCUGAUUGUGGAGAAACACAGAACAUAAUCGAAGACUACAAAAACGGAUAUCAUGUAUGUGCUGUAUGCGGAUGUAUAGUGGGAAACAGAAUAAUAGACGAAGGUAGUGAGUGGAGAUCUUUUGGAGACGGAAACAAAGUAGAUCCGUGUAGGACAGGAAGCGCAAGCAAUCCAUAUCUCGAAUCUGAACAACUCGAUACAAUGAUAAGCACGGGGGGAGGACUUAACUCAUAUGUACUGGCAAAUAUCCAGACAAAAAACAGCAUGCGAGGGCCAGAAAGAGCAUUGAAACAUGGAAUGAACCUCAUCACUGCAUUCUGUGAGAGAUCGAAUCUUUCACGCACUAUCAUUGAUAGAGCACAUUACAUCUUCAAAAACAUCGAGGAAAGGAAGCUUCUCAAGGGCAAAAACGUCGAGGGUAUUGUUGCUGCAUGCAUAUACAUAGCGUGCAGACAAGAAGAUUGCCCAAGAACAUUCAAGGAAAUCAGUGUAAUGACUGCCGUCCAAAAGAAGGAAAUAGGAAGGAGCUUCAAGUUAAUUUCUCCUCAUCUUGAGCGCAUGACAGCAAUGUCUACAGAAAACCUUAUAGCAAGGUUUUGCUCCGAUCUCAACCUUAGCAUUAAAAUUCAAAAGAUAGCCACCGAGAUGGCAAAGGCAGCACACGAGCUCGGAUGUCUUGCCGGAAAGAAUCCAGACUCUAUAGCUGCAGCAGUGAUAUACAUGUUAACAAACCUGUUUCCUGAAGAAAAGAAGAUUCAGAAAGACAUUCAGCUGGUUACAAAUGUUACAGAAGUAACAAUAAAAAACACAUACAAGGAGUUGCUUGCAUUCAAAUACGACAUCAUUCCCGAAGGAAUGGUAAGUAAGGAAAACAUAGAUAAACUUCCAAGCUACUAG